AGGCGUGGCUGCGAGUGAGAGAGACGCCCAUAUCUUUUGUGGUGUCGUGGGACCAAGACCAGGCAGAACACAACAGCAACUGAAGAGAACAGGAGCGUUCAAGGCAAGAAGACAAGCCAACAAAACCCGGGCUUACCCCUUUUUUUCCGCGUAUAAACAGACCACAACGCAGUCGCACACCCAAGUCACGUUUUCUCAAUCUCAACCAACAAAAAAUCACAGCACCCUACAACAACAACAAUGACUGUUAAUGCACCGACUCACUGCGCUCUUCCACCGAUUCGCACCCUACCAACUCGCUCCUCUCUUUCUUUCUUUAAACGGAGACAGCCCAUUUUCUUAAACGAAGCUCCAAACCCGAGAAUCGUUUUAGUUCGCUGCGAUAAGCUUAAUUCGGAUGGGCUAGGACCCAUGAGAUCCGUUGUGGAGACCGAAUCUGUGUCGGGUAACUCAUCAGCGUCAUCGGCUAUUGAUUUCCUCACAUUGUGCCAUCGAUUGAAGACCACAAAACGCAAGGGAUGGAUCAACCAUGGGAUAAAGGGUCCUGAAUCAAUUGCUGACCAUAUGUACCGCAUGUCAUUGAUGGCGCUGAUUGUUGGGGACCUCCCUGGUGUGAAUCGAGAAAGGUGUAUAAAGAUUGCGAUUGUGCAUGAUAUUGCUGAAGCUAUUGUUGGAGAUAUAACACCAUCAGAUGGUGUGCCUAAACAAGAAAAGAGUAGAAUGGAGCAAGCGGCUUUAAAUGAAAUGUGCGAAGUUCUUGGUGGAGGAAUGAGGGCUGAAGAGAUCAAAGAGUUAUGGGCGGAGUAUGAAAACAAUGCUUCCUUGGAGGCCAACCUUGUCAAAGACUUUGACAAAGUUGAGAUGAUUUUGCAAGCUUUGGAAUAUGAAAUGGAACACGGGAAGGUGUUGGAUGAGUUUUUCCUUUCGACAGCAGGGAAAUUUCAAACUGAGAUAGGAAAGAACUGGGCAGCUGAGAUUGCCUCAAGAAGAAAAUCUACACCGGCCAAAAAGCAAAACUGAUCCCUGGUCCAUCCACCUUUUUCAUCCCCUCUAAGGUUGAGACAGUUCCUUUGGUAUCCGAUGUCUCUCUUACCUUUAUACGCUUUUGUUGCACUGCCUGGUUACGGUCCUUGAAUAUGAAAGGAUAACUGAUAACAAGAGGUUAACGAAGUGGUUCCUUCCCGAGUCACGGCAGGGCUCAUCGUAGGCAACUAACGACCAAAGAAUUAUAAUUCCAGGAUUUAGUGUAACCACUGUUGUGUCCAGUAAUGCUCAAGUGUCGAAGGAAAGUGUUAUUAUUAUUAUUAUUAUUAUUUAGUGAACUUCAAUAAUGGGGUACGUUUAUGUCCUCUGACCAACCAAGGCAGCGAGAAGCACUCUUCUAAUGGUAGCUUGUGAUACAUAUAUGAUUGUGUCCUUGAACAAACAUCGGCAAGCUUCUGUGUGGUAAUAAAAUCAUAUGUAUCGCAUUAUCAA